GUUGCGAUCCCCUAGGUACCAAAAACAGGGGGACUGCGCUCUGCUCCGUAAACCCUCGGAUUUCCCCUUCUCCGCACCGGCGCGACUCCGAUCCGUCCGAGACCGACAUGGCCGCCACCGCCGCAGCCGCAGCCGCGGCCGCUUCUGUCCCGGACGCCCCUCCAGCCGCCGCGCUACCGGCCCCGCCCGCGCCGCCGCAUCCCGGCCCAGAAAAAUGUAAUUAUAAAAACCGUUUGCAAGAGUGGACUCAACGGAAUAACCAGAAAUUGCCAGUUUACCUUACUCAGUCGAAAGGUGACCCUCAUCAACUUGUGUUCAGAAGCACCGUAGAGGUGGGUGGCAAGACGUUUCCAUCAGAUCAUAAUCAUAGUCGCCUGAAGGAUGCGGAGCAGGAUGCUGCCAAAGUGGCCUGUAAGAACUUGGUGACAAUAGAUGAUCCUACAGAUGUGCUUGGGCUGAUUGAACAGGGUGUGGUGUUCUGCAAAUCAAUCCUCAAUGAAUUCGCUGUUAAGACAAAGGCCACUCAGCCCACUUACUCUGUAGACCGCCCAAAAGGGCUACCACCCAUGACCCUGUUUGUUUCAUCUGUGUUGUUCUCUGGGAACACUUACACUGGUGAAGCUGCACCAAAUAAGAAGGACGCGGAGCAGAAGGCAGCUCGUGCUGCAAUCAAAUCUAUUUUAGCUACAAACAACACUUGUAUGAAGGAAAUUAUCAGAUCAAAGAAAGAGCUUAUCAUUGCCAUUGCAUCGUCUGGGUUCAACAAAGAAACAAAUGCUAUGACUACUGUCACUCCUAUAAUAUUUGUGCCCGCUGUUGGAGCUGCGUGUCCAACUGCUGAUCAAGGAGCGAACAUCAUUACAGAAGCUGAUCCAUCUGGCCAAGCUGUAUCUGGCUCCAAGAAGCGCAAGAAGCACAGAACUACAGGACAGAAUGUCAACCAUCGUAGCGUGAGGUUGGCGUAAGGUCUUGUCAUCAAUGGUGGUGGAAAUGAAGGGAUUGCUGACUAUAUGGUGCCGUCUAAUGACAUGCUUUUGGUUCAUCUGUUUGUGCUUGUUGGAAUUGCAUUGGUUUAGCGAUUGUACCCUCUGUAGAUUUCUGUAGUUACCUUCAGUCGGUUGAGGAACUCAGGUUUCUGUAGAAGUAGGUUCGGUCUUUCUCAGGAACUAGGAUUUCUGUGAUGUAACUGGUGGUUUGUUGUGUCGUUUCCAAUUCGUGUUUGUCAGAUC